AGGUGGCCCAAAGGUUCGCAUACCUAAAAGAGGAGAGAAGGACUUUGAGCCCGCUGGUUCUCGGCUGCAAGAUUAUACUCUGAGUCAAUCGCGCGAAGCAAUGGUGGACGCCCUUAAAGGGGUACGAGGAACUUCAAGUAAGAAUAUGUCAUAUGCUGUGUGGCUGCCUGGGCUGUCCAGAGCCCAGGUCUUCCAAUCUCGCGGUAUCCACUUCAACAACAUGGGCCAUUCUGUUCGACGUUUGGUUAAAUAUGAUCCCGGAGAGAAGCCAAGGACAGUGACAAGGCUUGAAUUGUUACCCGAAGAAGCCUUGUAUCUUCUCGAACGUGGUACAUUGACAUGCUAUAAGGCGACUUCAAACGACGAGGGGGACGCGUUGUCGGAUCCUUCUAAUAUUGCGUCGCUAUUGGCUUCGGGGGCUACCAUUUCUGCUCAGCAAGCGUACGCCGAGUUUAUCGGUACAGAAGACUUAACAUUAGAGAGGUAUCAGUGCUACGCAUACCUGAAACGUCUGGGUUUUAUUAUUACUAGAGCAGUCUCUCCACUAUCGUCCCCCUCAUAUCCCCAACCGCCCCCAUAUGGUCCAUCAGAAAAAUCUUCGUUACAAGCACCCUCUAUCUGGAAGACUAUUCUCAGUUGUCUGCAACGAGUUCGAUCGCACCUCACCCAGAUAUUUGUCUGUCCACAUCACACCGGAUGGUUGAAACCAUUAUGGCGAACAUCGUUUGGUUGGUUGAGCUCAUGCGACUAUCCCACAAUCUUCCGACACUUAAGAAUCAUCCCAGCUGGCCAUUUAAACCCAUUAAGUACUACUCGACCUAUUAAUUCCUCUCCCUACAAGAUAUUCUAUCACAUGUGGAAACCGAAUUCGGCUUGGAAGAAAACUGCACCACCGUAUCCCGAUUUUGAACUUAUCGUGAUUGAUGGUCGUACAACUCCUAUCCCGUCAAUAUAUGAAUUAACGACGGUAUUUGGGAUGCUCCCACAAGUCCCUCCACCUCUCCCACGGCGCAAGAAUCCUCCACGCCCGCCGCCUGCACCCCUUGGUCUUACAUUAAAGAACCUACUAACGCUUGCAUGGCUUAAAGGAAAGCUAUUUCCACCAAAACCUGUGCUACCCACCCCCCACCCGUUUGCUGCAAUUCGGGCAGGUCAUAAGAGCGUAGUAAUUGGAGUUGUCGAUGCAGGAACGUUAUCAUUCUUUAGAUUUGCACAGGGUUGCCUCGAGGAAUGGCCGAUGAUGUAGAAUAAAUAACAAGGCACCGUGUGCGAAUACUAUACAUGCGAGGUCGCCCUCGUAUUAUGGCAAUUAAAAUGGUAGUACAGUG